CUGUAGUAAAUAGGCCAAUAUUUUUGUUUAAUUUAUGUAAAAAUGUGAAAAUGUGAUUCUAAACCGAGGCCUUUCCGUUUUGAACGGUGUCGUUUUACCGCCUCUUCGAUCCAGAGAAAACGUGUACCCCAUUGAAAAUUCUCUACCCAGAGCGAUUUCCCGUAAAAGAGAUUUUCCGUUUAAAAAGUCGAAAUUUAUUUCCCUUCAAAUUACAAAAUACCUGGAUGGAGAGACAUCCUCGGCUUGAAAUUCCAAGCGGGUUCUCUUUUAAAAAUAAACUCGGUUUGUAAUGCCCUGUGCGUAAGUGGGACCAUAUGAUCCGAUUGUAGCAGACAAGAGGUUCGCUUCUAUGUUGUAACUUCUACAAUCGUUUGGCUCUCAAAUAUUAAGUUCGUCCGAUUAGUUAGUUUUUUUUUUUUUAAUUUCCCACACAGGCCUUCUCUCCGGAGAGAGAUAAAACGCGUUAGGGACCCCAGGAGUGAAGCCCCGAGGCGCACGAAAUUCCAGACUGUGAUCAUUUUUAAAAAAAAAAAGACAAUAGCUUUUCCCGUUCGCCCCUUAGAACGGUCGGAUUUUUAGACUAGACCCAAACAAACCACAUACAAGCUAAAUGAAUAUUUCCGUUUCGUAUCACUCCUGAAAAUUUCUCUCCGUUUUUCAAACCCGCAGACCGAAAUCGGCCAAAACGCAAUUUUUGACGCGCCCCAUCAACCUCGCGGACUGUCCAAAAACGCGCCUCAAUUUUCACCGAUAUGAUAAAACUCUUUUCGUUGAAACAACAGAAGAAAGAUGGUGAGGCUACGCCGAAAGUCGGCAACCAAAAGAAGGCAUCCGCAGCACAACUCAGAAUCACGAAAGACUUAAAUGAAUUAAACCUGCCGAAAACUUGCAGUACAGAAUUUCCAGAUCCAGAUGACCUUCUUACUUUUAAAUUAAUAAUAUGCCCUGAUGAGGGCUUCUACCGAGGGGGUAAAUUCACAUUUAGCUUUAAAGUGGGCCCGAAUUACCCCCACGAUCCACCUAAGGUGAAGUGCGAGACGCAGGUUUACCAUCCGAACAUUGACUUAGAAGGAAACGUAUGCCUCAACAUACUGAGGGAAGAUUGGAAGCCUGUUCUAACCGUUAACUCCAUUGUGUACGGAUUACAGUAUUUGUUUCUGGAGCCAAAUCCUGAAGACCCGCUAAACAAGGAAGCUGCUGAAGUACUGCAGAACAACAGAAGAAUAUUUGAACAGAAUGUCCAGAAGGCUAUGAAAGGUGGAAGUGUUGGUUCUGUCUUUUUUGAACGGUGUUUAAAAUAAAGUGAAAUCUGGGGCUGUCUAAUCUGUGAUCGAAACCUGUUGUGUACUUACACCAGCAAAACCAAACAAAAACAAAGAAAGCAUAAAAUUGAAAGAAAGAUAAUUUAUUAUUUUUGGUGUGUACACGUAUAGUCCUAAAAAAACACGAAAAAAAAAACAAAAAAAAAAAAAACAGAG